AUGCCUAUCCAGACCGGUAUGACCAAGAGCUGUAACAAAUAUCAUACCGUCAAGUCAACAACAACCUGUGCUUCGAUUCAGGAUUACUACAAGAUCUCAUUCGCCGACUUCUAUGCUUCGAAUCCAUCUUUAGUUGGACAAAAGCCUUCACCUGCACAGCCAAGCAACGGUGCCACCACUCCUUCACCUAUCCAGAGCGGUAUUACCAAGAACUGUAAGAAGUUCCAUCAGGUGAAAUCAACUACAACUUGCGCAUCGAUUCAGAACUACUACAAGAUCACGAUGGCCAAUCUUUUCAAGUGGAAUCCUGCUAUUGGGUCGACGUGUAAGAGCUUGUGGAUGGACUAUUGGGUUUGCGUGCAGGCUUAG